AUGGACCGCUCCUGGUAUAAGCCCGGCGAGACGGCGAGACGACCAACUGGAAGCAGGGACAUUGAAGGAUCGCAAUCUCUUAAUGACAACUUGAGCAGUGAUCGCAUGACGCUGUGCAAUAACACCCUAGCUUCACCAAAGAACGAAACCCAUACUCCACCUCAAUCGUUGGCAGUUAGCCGUAAAGCUAUCUUCGAUAUGAACCAAACCACUAGACUGCUCAAACCUCCCGCAGAAAUUAGAGCAAUGAUUUUCCAAUAUUGUGUGGCUCACGAUUCGCCUAUUUGCCCAGUCCAGCUUUGCCAUAGGUCAAAUAAGUUUCGUUGCGCCAGCGCUCGGGAUCCCCCCGAGGAGGGGAGGAUUGAUGACAGGUAUCGCACUGUUGUUGCCUCUACUCCGCCUCCAUCCAUUGUGGCCUUGACGAUGGUCUGCAAGCAGAUCUACAUGGAGGUUGCUGGCGAGCAUCUUUUUUACAAGAACAACCUCUUCUACCUAGAGAGUGGAUGCCUGUUUCAGUUCGCAAUUACCGCUGCCCGAUUCCAUGCGAUCCGCUCUAUCGCUUGCAACUGGUCUCAUUAUUGUGACCCAACAAAUUUCAGGUCCAUUGCGAUUUGCAAAAGCUUGCAGUCACUUGAGCUGUACUUCGUGUACUACAGCGAUAGACUGGAUCAUCAAAUCAGCCCAUAUACCGUAGACACCUUCACGCCAAAUUGCUUGCCAAUCUUAAAACUCUUGGUGAGAGGUCUCAAGCACCUCGCUGUUUACCCCCCCAGAAAGGACUCUCAUUUGGGCGAUGACGCCCAGAGACAAUCCAAACAUAAUAUGGCCGUCGAAUUCUGCCUUGGUCUGGAAAACCAUUUAAAGGCGCAUAUGAAAGGGCCCCGGGUAAUCACAAAUGCCAUGCUUGAAGCAUUUAAGAAGAUACAGAUACAAUCGCGGCUUGAUAUUCAUGGCGAAGGCAGACUUGGAGAGUACUUAAAACCAGAAGUUCUCUCUAGCCGAACUCGAUACCAAACACGCCGCGCAGCCACGAUUAACCCUGAUGGAACGAUUCCCCCAAAACCAUGGCCCAAAUACAGUGCAGAAGGAGCCUUGGUCUGGCAUGUUAUUGGCAUCAGCGAUUCUCGGGAGACUAUGACCGACGAUGGCCUAAGCGGUGUGGAGUUUCUUGUCCAUCACCAUUCCAACAAGAAUCAUUAUUCCAUAAACCAAUAUCCCCAUACAGAAAGCGAAGGGGUAUCAUGGGAGGAUGCUGCAGUGCUGUCGUCUCCUAGUAGCCUCGAGGGCAUCAUUGAAUUUUACGGAAGAAAUUCCAUGGCCUCCGGAAAGGAAGCGCUGGUUGCAUUCUGGAAACUUCAGCCAACUGAGGUGAUCAAAAAAGCGGCAAAAGCAAGAUUUAUAGCGGAGAUUAGGCGUGUUAUCAAAUUCGAAAAAUCCGUUAAGGCUGCGGAGAAAAGGUCCAUGGAAAUAGCGAGGUUCUAG